AAGAGCAAAGGUCGACACUUACUCUGACCCUGGGCUGUUGGAUGGGGCGUUGGUGAGGUACUCACCAGUUGACAGAAGCCAAACAAUGAUGGAAAGCCUUGUGCGGAGAGCAAGAAGAGGUCUGUGUCGGUCCUGCACUCCGAAUAAUUUGUGUUUAUUCUGCUUUGCCUGUGCAUCCUGGGCAAUGAAAUCUGCAGCCUCACAGUCUGACAUGUGGAAAGCUGCCUUCCUGGUGAACCUCAGUGCCAUCUCUGCUGUAAGAUACUUCAGGAGGCAUGUACAAAGUGAAGACUCCAAAUCCUUGGUUCUCCAGGAUACGAUUAAGAGAUCGUUGAGAUGAAUGGAUACUUCCGGUUGCA